AUGAAAAUAACUCGUGAAAGUAAACUCAGAAAAUAUUCUUAUAAACUUCGUUCAGGACAAUGUGAUAUCGUACAAUUUACAAUCCAGUAUCUAGAAGAUACUGUAAAACUUCUUAAUUGUAAACUUAAAUGGAACGAGAUAUCUAAAUGUGAUUAUAAUUCUCGUAUUAUUGAAAUUGAAAAGCUUCAAACCGAAAUCAAUGAUUUAAUGAUUCUGGCCAAAAACUUACAAGACGAAGUUAAUUCUUUAAAAGAAAAAAAACAGAAAAUUGAGACAAAAAAAUAUUUAAUCCAAAUUAACAAUAGAAAUGAAAAUGGCAAACAAAUUCAAGUAAAGAAUCAAGAAGUGAUAAACUUACACAGAAGAAUUAGAGAAAUACUUGAAGAAUAUAGACAAAAAUAUAAGCGAGACUCCAACAUCGACUCUGCUCUUUCAGAAUAUAACAUGUUACCAAAAAGUUUGCAAUCUGAUUGGAUAGAAAAGAAAUCAAAUUUUAUUCAAGAAUAUCAAACCAGAAUUUUGAAAAUGAAACAUCCUUCAAUUACCAAUGAAAACAUUCAAGUUGUUUUAGAAAAUACUACAUUUUAUUUUCAAGAUAAUUAUAACCUUCAAGAUAAUUUAUAUUAUAUUAAAAAUAACCUUAAUUUA